ACUGUUGGGACUUACAAAAACGAUCGAUAUUUGCAUACUGGUGUCGGCCUGGUGAAGCCCUUGGGCUCCACCCUCAAGGCAGACACUCUCUUCGCCGACAGACUUGGCCGCACAUUGUUGGUCCGUGUGAACGAGCCAAACUACACCAUUACGAUCCUGUUGGUGUACGCGCCUGCCUCGAAUGCUGGCAGGUUGGACUUUGUCACCACCCUGCAGAACUCUCAAGCGAUCUUUGACAACGACAUCGACGUGAUCGCAGGCGACUUCAACACGUGCGCAACUGAUCGUGACGACUUCACAUUGUUCAUCAACGAGCUGGCAGCCCUCAACGAUCUUGUUGACACCGGCGCCCAUGAUAACAUCCCCACCCACAAGUCGUUGUCGAGAGGUACGGAGAAACGCCUCGACCGACUGUACGUCCGGUCCACCCUGGUGGGCCCUCACCGCGCCAAGGUAGAUGUAUCCCAUGCGCACACCAAGUCAGAUCAUCACCCCGUACUGAUAACAGUAUACCCCAAACAGAUCACCCCAACAGGACACAGAUGGAUACUGAGGAAGGAAACGCUUGCGUCUCCUGCCGCGAGGGACUUGGUCCACGGCACUCUCAGUCGCAUCACCCCCUCUGGUCUGUCCACUUGGCUCAGCAUCAAAGAGGCGCUCAUCUCGCGACUCAAGGCGGAGCAGGCUCGCAACGCCGGCGAGCGAAGGAGGAUCAUAGUGGAACUCAAACGCUACCUCGCUCGCCCGCCGCCAGGGGCCACACCACACCGGCUUGAUCAGUCCAGGCUAGCCGACCUCCUCGAGUCUGCAAAGGUCGAGAAGGAGGCACAACGAAGGGACGCUGAGCUUGGCAUGGAAAUGCCAAGCAAGUACCUCACUCGCAUCGCCAAGGGUAGGAAGACCGUUGAUCUGAUCACCGAGAUCUACGGCGAGGAUGGCGCCGCCACCUCUGACCCUCCCGAGAUACGCAAGGCAUUCCACUCGUUCUACUCCAAGCUCUACACCAAGGGCGCCGACGACGCCGAUGAGCAUGAGAGACUACUGUCCCACUGGAGCCCGGACUGCCGGGAGCACCUCCAGCCACUCGAGGAGCCCAUCACGGCCGAUGAGGUCCUCUCCGCCAUCUCCACCACGGAUACCUCAAAGUCUCCAGGCCCAGAUGGACUCACUGGUCAGUUCUACGUGACACACGCCGAGGUCCUUGCCCCCUUCCUCGCCACCACGUUCAACAACAUGCUGCUCGACCCUGAGACCAUCACCAGUGACUUCAAGUGUGGAAUCAUCCACACCAUCUUCAAGAAAGGCGACAGGCUGGACAUUGCCAACAGACGUCCCAUCACCUUACUCAACGUGGAUUACAAGCUCCUCAGCAAGGUCAUCAAUGCCAGACUCACCAAGCUCCUCGACAGUCUGAUCAACCCAUUGCAGAAUGGCUUCGUCCCUGAGAGACUGAUCCACGACAACACCAUCCUACUGCAGGAAGUCAUCGACACGGCUGCCCAAGACAUGGCGACUGGCUAUGUCACGCUGUUUGAUUUCCAGAAGGCGUUCGACUCCAUAUCGCAUGACAGCAUCGAGCGCACUCUCCGCCAUGUCGGCAUCCCGCCUUUGAUGGUCGGGCUCGUCAUGGCCCUGCUGCGGGGCUCCGUGGCCAGAGUCAGCGUCAACGGCAUCCUCACUGAUGCCCUGCCCCUGGACAGGGGCACCAAGCAAGGUGACCCUCUCUCCCCGACGCUCUUUGUGCUGGUCAUUGAGGCACUGGCAGCAGCAAUCAACGCCGACCAAUCCAUCGUGGGCCUGCCUGUGUCACCGCCCCUCAAGGUCAAGCUUCUCCAGUUUGCCGACGACACUGCAGCGCUCACCAGGUCACUCGAGGAACUCUUGAGAGUGAUUGAAUGGUUCAAGGUCUUCUGCAAAGCCACCUCGUCAGCCAUCAAUGUCGACAAGUCUGUCCACAUUGUCCUGGGCGAUGCACCAACGUCUGAGCUCCCCUACCCAGUGGCCACCGAACCUGAAAGGUACUUGGGCGUCAACUUCACCAAGCAGGGCAUCUACUCCAAGUUCAAGACUCUCAUCAGCUCCCUCCGCGGCAGACUCGCUCUUCAAGUCUGA